GCACGGCCAAUGAGCGCCCGGCCCAGGGAGGGAGGGGGCGCGAGCGCCUGAGUCGGAGCCGCUCCCCGCGGCGCUGCCGCCUCCUCCCCCCGUGCCGCUCAGCCUAUCCCGGCCGCUCUCCGCUGUCGGGCGGGGAGGGCGGCCGGAGCCCGGGGGAGGGGAGGCGCAAGGACAUGGGUUGGUUCUGAGCGCCGGGGGAGGGAAGCCGUCGUGCGUGUGCCUCCCUAGAUUUUAAUAACUGUUUGUUGUUGGGUGGUGUAGGUUUGGGGUUUUCUCACCUCCCCCCACCCCCCCACCCCUCCACCCCGUUUUCCUACAAGGCGGAGGGGGGAGCGGCAGACCCCAGCGCGCCUGCAUGGCUCCUCUGCCCCGGAGCGCCCCUGGAAAAUAGAACCCGUCUCGGGCCAGGUGACAUCCCCCCGCCGCCGCGCUCACACUCACGGGAGCGGCAGGGCGGGGGAGCCGCCCGUGAGGACAUGGAGGGACCCUCGGGGGAAGCGGAGCUGCCGCUCCUCACGGUGAAGCACGAGCUGAGGAACGCAAAUCUGACAGGCCAUGCAGAGAAAGUUGGCAUUGAAAACUUUGAGCUCCUGAAAGUUCUUGGAACAGGGGCCUACGGAAAAGUAUUCCUAGUGAGGAAAGUAAGCGGCCACGAUGCUGGAAAACUGUAUGCCAUGAAAGUAUUGAAGAAAGCAACAAUAGUUCAAAAAGCCAAAACAACUGAGCACACAAGGACAGAACGACAAGUCUUGGAGCACAUUAGGCAAUCACCGUUUUUGGUCACGUUACAUUAUGCCUUCCAGACAGAUACAAAGCUUCAUCUCAUUUUAGACUAUAUAAAUGGAGGAGAACUGUUUACUCAUCUUUCACACAGAGAGAAAUUCUCAGAAAAUGAGGUGCAAAUUUACAUCGGAGAAAUCGUUUUGGCACUUGAACAUCUCCACAAGUUGGGAAUUAUAUAUCGGGAUAUAAAACUUGAGAAUAUUCUCCUUGAUUCUGAUGGCCAUGUGGUGCUGACAGACUUUGGUCUAAGUAAGGAGUUUCUUACUGAUGAGAAUGAGAGAGCAUAUUCCUUCUGUGGAACAAUAGAAUAUAUGGCUCCAGAUAUUGUUAGAGGGGGAGACACAGGACAUGAUAAGGCUGUUGAUUGGUGGAGUGUUGGUGUUCUUAUGUAUGAAUUAUUAACUGGAGCAUCACCAUUUACAGUCGACGGAGAGAAGAAUUCCCAAGCAGAGAUUUCUAGGAGAAUAUUAAAAAGUGAGCCACCUUAUCCACAAGAAAUGAGUGCUCUGUCUAAGGAUAUAAUUCAGCGUCUUCUAAUGAAAGACCCUAAGAAGAGGCUAGGUUGUGGUCCCACUGAUGCUGAUGAAAUCAAACAGCAUCCCUUUUUCCAGAAUAUGAAUUGGGAGGACUUAGCUGCCAAAAAAAUACCAGCUCCAUUUAAACCAGUAAUCAGAGAUGAAUUGGAUGUCAGUAAUUUUGCAGAAGAGUUUACAGAAAUGGAUCCAACAUACUCUCCUGCAGCAACCCCUCAGACUUCCGAAAGAAUAUUUCAGGGUUAUUCUUUCGUUGCACCUUCCAUUUUGUUUAAACGUAAUGCAGCUACAGUAGAUCCUUUCCAGUUUUAUGUGGGGGAUGAGCGACCUGGAACGACAACUAUUGCCAGAAGUGCUAUGUUGAAGGACUCUCCAUUUUAUCAUCAUUAUGAACUGGAUCUGAAAGAGAAACCAUUGGGAGAAGGAAGUUUUUCCAUUUGUCGAAAGUGCUUACACAAGAAAACUAGCCAAGAGUAUGCAGUAAAAAUAAUUAGCAAAAGAAUGGAAGCCAACACCCAGAGAGAAAUAACAGCUCUGAGACUCUGCGAAGGACAUCCAAAUGUAGUGAAGUUACAUGAAGUUUUUCAUGACCAGCUUCACACGUUCCUAGUCAUGGAAUUGCUGAAGGGAGGAGAAUUGCUUGAACGUAUUCAGAAAAAGAAACAUUUCAGUGAGACUGAAGCCAGUCACAUUAUGCGCAGACUUGUUUCGGCAGUGAGCCAUAUGCAUGAUGUAGGAGUAGUCCACAGAGAUCUGAAACCUGAGAAUUUACUAUUUACAGAUGAAACUGAUAAUUCAGAAAUAAAAAUAAUUGAUUUUGGCUUUGCUCGUUUAAAACCACCUGAUAAUCAGCCUCUUAAGACUCCGUGUUUUACUCUUCAUUAUGCUGCCCCAGAGCUCUUGAAUCACAAUGGUUAUGAUGAGUCUUGUGAUCUGUGGAGUUUGGGGGUCAUUUUGUACACGAUGCUAUCAGGACAGGUACCAUUUCAGUCUCAAGACAGAAGUUUAACAUGUACCAGUGCAUUGGAAAUUAUGAAGAAAAUAAAAAAGGGAGAAUUUUCCUUUGAAGGAGAGGCUUGGAAAAAUGUUUCUGAAGAGGCUAAAGAGCUAAUUCGAGGACUUCUCACAGUGGAUCCAAACAAAAGGAUUAAAAUGUCCAGCCUGAGAUACAACGAGUGGCUUCAGGACGGCAGCCAGCUCUCAUCUAACCCUCUAAUGACACCUGAUAACUUAGGCUCUUCAGGAGCUGCAGUGCACACAUAUGUCAAAGCCACUUUCCAUGCCUUUAAUAAGUACAAAAGGGAAGGAUUUUGUCUCCAGAAUGUGGACAAGGCACCUCUUGCAAAAAGAAGGAAAAUGAAAAAAACAAGCACAAGCACAGAGACACGUAGCAGCUCCAGUGAAAGUUCCCAUUCUUCUUCCUCUCAUUCUCAUGGUAAAACUACACCCACAAAGACAUUGCAACCCACAAACCCUACAGACAGCAAUAACCCAGAAACCAUCUUCCAGUUCUCCGACUGAGCAGCAGAAUAUCCUGUCUCGAGGAGUUCAGUGGUUAUAGACUUGGCAGUACCUGUAUUGUCUUCUCCUGCCCUUCCUCCCUGUGGCUUACAGGCUGCUACAGGAAGACUUCUGUUGCUUUAGAAAUGUAUUUUAGUCAUACCUUCUUAGCUCUGUAUUUCCAUACAUUUCCUUGUAGCUGUUUGGUAUCACUGGAUAUAGUAUAAUACUGUUAUACAACCAACAUUGUAUUCUCUGAGGGCUAAAUUACUGGUGUGCAGCCAAGCUCCAGGUAAGUAGCUGUGCUGCUCAUGGUACCGCUUGGAAGAAGACUGUUCCUCAGUGUCACAAUCUUCCUUCCCCACUGCUCAAAGAAAGGAAAGCUCUGUAACAUAUGUAGAACUUCGGGAUCUUCUGCUCUUACCCAGCUCUGUGAAGAAUAUUGUAGAAUUUGAUUCUUCAUGCAUGUAAACAAUCAUUGGUACAAUGCACCAAAGCAGUAUAGUACUCUAAAGCCUUUUAAAUUUAUGGUUAUAUUCUGUCCCAUUUAUUUGAAUUUUAAGAUCAAAAUGAAGCACUAUGGAACUCUUACUUUGUUUAAAAAAUAACUCCACGUAUCUUGUUCUAAACAACUGAGAAUAGAAGUCUUAGAUUUUUUAAAAAUUUAUUUAUUUUUUUUAAACACUUCUAGGGUAAAAGAUAUCUGAUAAGCUGAGAUGUCUAAUACUGUGAUACAAUAAUUUUUAUUUUUUGAAGUUAUUAACUUCUAAAAGAUUUUACAGAUUCUAAAAUGUAAUGCUAUAAGAGAAAAUUAAUUUUCAUAUUUGAUGCUUUGGAAAAUGGCCACAUGUUAAAAAUACCUAUUUCAAGAUUUAAUUAUAAUUUAUAUUUUCUUUUUAUAGUAACACAAUAAUUAUAAAAUACUAAGAUUUUUUUAAAGAUGAGAAAACUCCAGUUUCAACAUUUGUUAUUAUAGGGUCCAUAAAAAUGCAUACCAAGUUAUUUGAAUUGUGCAAAUAUGGCAGUCUAAUAGUGACUGUAAAAUAUUAGAAUAUAUGUUUUAUUUUUUGCACUUUAUAACAUCCAAAGGAGAUGUUUUAGAAUAAAGUGCACUCAGAUCUCUCUUCCUACAAGGUGCUGAGCACUGUUUUACUGGGCUGAAUGACCUACCUGAAAUCCACCGUAUUUGGUGGUUGUGGUCUUAGUGAAGGAGAAUUCUGUACUUUGCAGGAGUGAAUCCCUGUAUAUUACCCACUGUUUUCAUUCCUUACUGUAAAAUGCAAAGUUCUUUCUAUCUUGCUUUUACAUUGUAUAUAACAAAUACUAGACCUGGGCACCUUGUGUAGUGUAGAUGUUAACAACUUAUGCACUGGGAAUACUAAAGGGAAAUGAUAUUGAACACUGUGCUUCACGACUUGUUCACUGUGGUGUUCUACAGUGAAGUAUUUCCUACUGUGAUAGUAUAGUAUGUACAUAACUGUUUGGAAUCAUAAAUGUGACUUAGAGAAACAUCAGCAUAAACUUUUAAAUCAGUAUAUUUUAUAAAUUUAUGGAGAGCUCUUUUAUAGCUUGUAUUCUCAAUGACUAGGGGUAAUUUAAGUGCUAAAAAUGACUCCAGUUUUGCAAAUGCUUACAUGUGUAAGUUUCCACUGAAGUCAGAGAGGCUCCUUGUCAUAUGCCUAAAUUUGUGUGAUGGAAGACUAAUUGAUUAGAGGAUUUUGUUAACAGCUGUCUCUAUCCUAAAGUAACCUUAAUCCAAACCCUAUGCAAAAAAAAAAAAAAAAAAAGGUUAUAGAAAUUGUUUAUAUCAGUGGUUUUAUUUAUAGAAUUAUAUCAGAUAUCAGUAUUGACAAAUACAAUAAAUCCAUGUUUACAGGGAUUGUGUGUAUCAAAACAAGGCUUUGAAGCCCAACAUGUUUGUUCUGUGUUUCUUUAAUAUUAAUAAUGGCAUUCUGAGGUUUUGGAAUUGCUCAUGUGAAAUAGUUUACUACUUUCUUGAUGUGAAUGUCAACAGUAAUUGCAGCAUUAAUUUCAGGUUGAUGUGAAUAUUGAGAUUUGCACUGUUUAUGUAGAAGUAGUAUAUUUAAAGAUCAGUCUAUGUGCUAAUAACAACCAAUUUUAAGUGGCCUAUGUUAAAGUAUUGAAAAAUAAUUGUCAGUGUAAUAUAUUCAGGUUUGCUUUCUGAAUGCUCUCUUUGGAAGUAAUCUCAAUAGUGAACAUGGCUCAUUUGUAAAAGAAUACUUUUCCUCUCCCAAAUAAACUUGCUGUAAAUACAAA